AUGUCGGUCCUGGAGGAUCUGGCCGUUUGCCUGGAAAGGCCGAGCCCCGGAUGCCUGAGGAAGCUGGAGCUCCCGCGCCCAGCUGAGGUCGUGCCUUCCCAGCAAACAGAGGGCUGCCCACAAGGAUGCUGGCCACUCAAGUCCGCAGGGUCGAGAUGGCCUGCUUGGAGCCAACCCGACUUGUUGGUUCUCGCCAUCCACGGCUGCCAGCCCUGGAAGCCCGCCCAGGAUGGUGUAUGGUCCCCCCAGUCUGGUUCGAGCGGUCACCUGUUCUCGCCGUGGUGCCCAUCCGCCGCACGACAAGGUCUCGCAGGAGUCCAGGUGCCCUCCCUCGCCAAAGAACCUUCGAACGCUUCCACCAGCACAUGGGCACCCAUGAUGAAGGCCGGCCCGCCUGUCGUACCAGCAUCAUUGUCGAAGUGGUUGCGGGCGGCCCCUGGCGAUGUCUACACCUCUCUACACAAAGCUGGCCACCUGAUCACCGGGAGCCGCCACGGUGACCCUGAGUCCCGGAAGUGUCUGCUAUCCCGCAAUCAAGCAGCCAUGAAGGACCACACGUUGCUGAUGUGCGAGUGGGCGUGCCAAGGCCAUGUGAGCGUCCUCUUUCUGUCUUCACCACCGUCGCUGGCUCAACACGAUGAUACAUCGGAUCCAGUCGAGGUCUACAUGGGAAUGACAACGCGGCCUUGAGUUCUGGCACUUGGUGAAUCGAUACAGUACUUCGACCCUCAGCUCAGCUCCUGAUCCCCCGAUUUGCUGCCAUCGCCUGUCCCACCAAGCCCGAGGGUAACAUUUUUCCGCGUGUGAUUUUCGUCGUUUUUGAAGUUGAGGACUAGCACCGCCGCCUGGGUUCGUGGCCUGCGACAAGGGCCGAACUGCGUGACAAGCCCUGCAUUCUUCGAUCAUCCUGGUCGUCACGACGUGCCAGAACUCCUCUCAUUCUAAUUUGUGGCACACCACCUAUUCUAGAAAGGUUCGCAGCGCCAACACACGCCAGACACCUACUAAAACGAUC